GUAAAGUCUCCAGACCCUGGUCACUUAGCAACCACUUUUAUUGUAUUAACACUUUCUUCCUGUGUUGUCCCUUACUUCACAUCAAACAUUGCAAGCUGAACUUGAAACUUGCAGUGAUUUCUGAACAUGUGUCUUCUGUAACAGAUUGUCUUUGAAAUUCAAGGUUACCGUUCAUACAAUUUCAGGACUGUGAUAUCACAAUGACCUCUAACAGUUAUUUGGAUCCUUCGACAUCAGUUUAUUUGAAUAAAAAGACAGUCUUUUCUGCCAGCCUGAACUUAGCCACCAUAAGAAGCAAAGGUUUUAUCCGUCCUCAUUAUUCACAUCAGAUUGACCCAUGGAACUUGAAGCCGCCUGAUUUCUCUCCUAAACUCUACACAUCUCUGAGUGUCCCUCGAAGGAAGAAGACAACAAAUACACAUCAACCUUUACUGACACUUGCCUCCAGUGAGACAGCCUUCAGAGUGGACAGAUUUACCCCAAACAUUCUAAUUCCUGAGAUUGACCAGAAUAAAAAAGCACUGCCAAAGUUCAGCUCAUCAUACAGACCUCCUGGCUCUUUAGAAUCCAAGCUGAGCUUCGUUAAAACAGGGAAAUAUCCUCCUGUGGCCUACAAGAACCCUAAACCACAUAACUUUAGACAGCUUGCUGAUGACAUGCCAAAUAUGGUUACUGCAGCUGAAAGGGAUCCUGGUCAGUUGAACUUCAAAUCUCAGCACCUGAGUAUAAUUAGGGGGACCAGAUCGGACACAGACAUUUACUCAAGGGAACCUUUUGGGAAGAUGGACACCUAUAAGCCAACAGAGCCCAGAUGGGAGGCCAGGCUCACACUCCCUAAAUUGCCUUGGCCCCCAAAAUCUGCCUCCUACACUAGACACAGGCACAGACGCGGAGUGUACAGUGCUUUCAUGGACAGAGUAGAGGAGAAGAUCUCCAGCUCUUGGAAAACUGGCUGACACUUUGACCUCCUAAGUCGUCCAUGGAGUCCGCAGUGAUACGUGCAUCGGCUCCCCUAAAAUUUCCAGUGUGUUAAACCAGACAAUAUGUUCUAAUCUGGGUGGGUGAAAGGCAUGGCUGAAAUAUUUGCAUUCACAGAAAGGAAUCUUGCAGGCUAUAGCCUAAUAAAAAUACUUAGAGGUAUCAUGAAAAUACAAUAAUUGUAGGCUAGACUAGAGAGUUCAUUGCAUAACAAUUGCCCAUGCCAUGGCACUUUUUGAAAGAUGUCCGUUUUUUUUAAAUCUAGGCCUAAUAGGCUAUUGUGUGUGUAUAAAUCUAUUCUCUCGGACAAUAGGCAACAAAGAUAAUCCCAGUAACUGGAAAAUGUAAACAAAGUGUGUCAUUACAAUGCCAUUGAAACUAAUUUCUAAAAUGUAGGCCUAUAUGCAAUUAAAGUUCACAAUUGGAGAGCAGCUAAUCUCGGUAAAUCCAGAACAAAAGUCUUGAGUAAUUGGUCAGAUGCUCGAUUAAAUUCUGGGUCCAUACAUGAGGGAGGGAGAAGGGAACAAACAGCUCCACCCGUUCUCAUUGCAAGUUAGGGGCACGUCUAUGGCCCAAAUGUUUCCUCCCCUUUCCGAAAUUCUAAAGCACCGGAACUAAUGCUGUUCAUUAUCUCACAUUUCCCGUUGUACUGUGACAAAUGAGUGUACCAUUUAUGUUAACGUAGUCUGUCCACAAGAGAUUAGAGAGCAGCCAAACUAAUUUCGGGACCCGGAACCAAAUUAUUGCAAAUGUUUGUUCAUGUUACUAGCAAUUACAAGCACAUUCCUAUUGCUAAACAUGCCCUACAUUUGUUGGCUAUAUUAAAGUUCACGUUCGAGAAAAAAGUUAUGUAUAUUUAGAAGUUGUAGCCUACACAUUUUAUUCCUGACCUGGGGGGUAUGCUACAAAGCAGCAUCAGAAAUAACUUGGUUUUAUGGUUAAUAAAAUAAAAUAACAUUUUUGUUAAACCAAUUAGACCAUGCCCAUGUCAAGCUUAUCUUUCUACAAAAUAAAAAAAUAUCAGAAUAUUUAGACAAGUUAGCUGGCUAAAUCCAUAAUCCUGUUUUGUAGUAUACACACAUAGUUUCUAAACCUUGUUAUAAACUGGGUGGUUCGAACACUGAAUGCCGAUUGGCUGAAAGCCAUGGUAUAUCAGACAGUAUACCAUGGGUAUGACAAAAAAAAUGUUUACUGUUGUAAUUACGUUGGUAACCAGUUUGUAAAAGCAAUAAGGCACCUUGUGGUAUAUGGCCAACAUACCACGGCUAAUGUCUGACUCCAGGCACUCCGCAGGUAGCCUAGCGGUUAACAGAGCCGGGCCAGUAAACGAAAGGUCGCUGGUUUGAAUCCCCAAGCUGACUGGGUAAAAAAAUAAAUGUGCCCUUGAGCUAGGCACUAAACCCUCAUUGCUCCUGUAGGUCACUCUGGAUAAGAGAGUCUAGUAAAAUGUAAAAAUGUAAGACGCGGUGCUUAAGAAUAGCCCUUAGCUGUGGUAUAUUGGCCAUAUACCCUCUGCAGCAGACCAUGGAUCAAGGACAUGUUGAAAAUGUCAGUGAAGACACCUGCCAGUUGGUCAGCACAUGCCCGGAGCACACGCCCUGGUAAUCCGUCUGGCCCCGCAGCCUUGUGUAUGUUGACUUGUUUAAAGGUCUUACUCACGUCGGCUACGGAGAGCGUGAUCACACAGUCGUCCGGAACAGCUGAUGCUCUCAUGCAUGCCUCGGUGUUGCUUGCCUCGAAGCGAGCAAAGAAGUGAUUUAGCUCGUCUGGUAGGCUUGUGUCACUGGGUAGCUCGCAGCUGCCUUUGUAGUCUGUAAUAGUUUGCAAGCCCUGCCACAUCCGACGAGCAUCGGAGCCGGUGUAGUAUGAUUCAAUCUUAGCCCUGUAUUGACGCUUUGCCUGUUUGAUGGUUCGUAGCAGGGCAUAGCGGGAUUUCUUGUAAGCUUCCGGGUUAGAGUUCCACACCUUGAAAGCCACAGCUCUACCCUUUAGCUCAGUGCGAAUGUUGCCUAUAAUCCAUGGCUUUUGGUUGGGGUAUGUACGUACAGUCACUGUGGGGACAACGUCCUCAAUGCACUUAUUGAUAAAGCCAGUGACUGAUGUGGUGUAUUCCUCAAUGUCAUCGGAAGAAUCCCGGAACAUGUUCCAGUCUGUGAUAUCAAAGCAGUCCUGUAGUUUAGCAUCUGCUUCAUCUGAACAUUUAUUUUAUAGACCGAGUCACAGGUGCUUCCUGCUUUAAUUUUAGCUUGUAAGCAGGAAUCAGGAGGAUAGAGUUGUGUUCGGAUUUACCAAAUGGAGUGCGAGGGAGAGCUUUGUACGCGUCUCUGUGUGUGGAGUACAGGUGAUCUAGAAUUGUUUUCCCUCUGGUUGCACAUUUAACAUGUUGAUAGAGAUUUGGUAGAACUGACUUAAGUUUCCCUGCAUUAAAGUCUCCGGCCACUAGGAGCGCCGCCUCUGGGUGAGUGGUUUCCUGUUUGCUUAUUUCCUUAUACAUCUGACUGAGUGCGGUCUUAGUGCCAGCUUCCGUCUGUGGUGGUAAAUAAACAGCCACGAAAAGUAUAGUUGAGAACUCUCUAGGCAAGUAGUGUGGCCUGCAGUUUAUCACAAUAUACUCUACUUCAGGCGAGCAAAAUCUAGAGACAUCCUUAGAUUUCGUGCUCCAGCUGUUGUUUUCAAAUAUGCACAAACCGCUCCUCCUUGUCUUACCGGAGUGUGCUGUUCUGAUCCCGCUAGCUGAAUAUCCAUGUCGUCAUUCAGCCACGAUUCCAUGAAGCAUAGGAUAUUACAGUUUUUGAUGUCCCGUUGGUAGGAUAUUCGUGAUCGUACCUCGUCUAGUUUAUUGUCCAAUGAUUGCACAUUGGCGAGUAAUAUUGACGGUAAUGGCAGCUUUCCUAGUUGCCUUCUGCGGGUCCGGACGAGGAAUCCGGCUCUUCGUCCUCUGCUUCGCUUACUUUUGCGAAUAAUUGGGAUGUCUGCCCUGUGGGGUGUUUGGAGAAUAUCGUGUGAGUCCUGCUUGUUGUUGAAGAAAUCUUUGUCUAAUCCGAGAUGAGUGAUCGCUGUCCUGAUAUCCAGAAGCUCUUUUCUUCCGUAAGAUAUGUUUACAGAAACAUUAUGUACAAAAUAAUUUACAAAUAUCGCAAAAAAACAAACACAUAAUAGCACAAUUGGUUAGGAGACCGUAAAACGGCGGCCAUCUCCUCCAGCGCCAUUCUCAGUUUAACAUGUCCAUGAUUGAGUCUGUAAUACCAACAUGCUUCAAGCAGACCACCAUAGUCCCUGUGCCCAAGAACACAAAGGCAACCUACCUAAAUGACUACAGACCCGUAGCACUCACGUCCAUAGCCAUGAAGUGCUUUGAAAGGCUGGUAAUGGCUCACAUCAACACCAUUAUCCCAGAAACCCGAGACCCACUCCAAAUUGCAUACCUCCCAAACAGCCCAAACAGAUCCACAGAUGAUGCAAUCUCUAUUGCACUCCACACUGCCCUUUCACACCUGGACAAAAGGAACACCUAUGUGAGAAUGCUGUUCAUUGACUACAGCUCAGCGUUCAACACCAUAGUACCCUCAAAGCUCAUCACCAAGCUAAGGAACCUGGGACUAAACACCUCCCUCUGCAACUGGAUCCUGGACUUCCUGACAGGCCGCCCCCAAGUGGUGAGGGUAGGUAGCAACACAUCUGCCACGCUGAUCCUCAACACUGGAGCUCCCCAGGGGUGCGUGCUCAGUCCCCUCCUGUACUCCCUGUUCACCCACGACUGCAUGGCCAGGCACAACUCCAACAACAUAAUUAAGUUUGCUGACGACACAACAGUGGUAGGCCUGAUCACCGACAACGAUGAGACAGCCUAUAGGGAGGAGGUCAGAGACCUGGCCGAGUGGUGCCAGAAUAACAACCUAUCCCUCAACGUAACCAAGACUAAGGAGAUGAUUGUGGACUACAGGAAAAGGAGCACCGAGCACGUCCCCAUUCUCAUCGACGGGGCUGUAGUGGAGCAGGUUGAGAGCUUCAAAUUCCUUGGUGUCCACAUCAACAACAAACUAGAUUGGUCCAAACACACCAAGACAGUCGUGAAGAGGGCACGACAAAGCCUAUUCCCCCUCAGGAGACUGAAAAGAUUUGGCAUGGGUCCUGAGAUCCUCAAAAGGUUCUACAGCUGUAACAUCGAGAGCAUCCUGACCGGUUGCAUCACUGCCUGGUACGGCAAUUGCUCGGCCUCCGACCGCAAGGCACUUCAGAGGGUAGUGUGUACGGCCCAGUACAUUACUGGGGCAAAGCUGCCUGCCAUCCAGGACCUCUACACCAGGCGGUGUCAGAGGAAGGCCCUAAAAAUUGUCAAAGACCCCAGCCAUAGACUGUUCUCUCUACUACCGCAUGGCAAGUGGUAUCGGAGUGCCAAGUCUAGGACAAAAAGGCUUCUCAACAGUUUUUACCCCAAGCCAUAAGACUCCUGAACAGGUAAUCAAAUGGUUACCCGGACUGUUUUCAUUGUGUGCCCCCCCCCAACCCCUCUUUUACGCUGCUGCUACUCUCUGUUUAGCUUAUAUGCAUAGUCACUUUAACUAUACAUUAACGUACAUACUACCUAAAUUCGCACGACCAACCAGUGCUCCCGCACAUUGUCUAACCGGGCUAUAUACAUUGUGUCCCACCACCCGCCAACCCCUCUUUUUACACUUCUGCUACUCUCUGUUCAUCAUAUAUGCAUAGUCACUUUAACGAUACCUACAUGUACAUACUACCUCAAUAAGCCUGACUAACAGGUGUCUGCAUAAAGCCUUGCUACUCUUUUUUCAAAUGUCUUUUUACUGUUGUUUUAUUUCUUUACUAACCUACACACACACACACACACACACACACACACACCUUUUUUUCCCUACCAUUGCUUGGGUAAGCAUUUUACUGUAAGGUGAAAUACACCUGUUGUAUUCGGCACACGUGACAAAUAAACUUUGAUUUGGAUAUAAUGACAAGAUACAUGUCCCUCUGCCCUAACAAAACCGUUGUCCACAAAGCGGCCUGGAGGGCGGUCUCCUCCCGCCUAUCCUUUCUUUGAAUUGGUGGAUAUGUAGCGUGGUUCGUUCUGCGUUGUGUAAUUCUUAAUGAAGACGCUGCCACAACUGAUGGUCUGCUCGUUGAAAUCUUUUUAUUUGCCCUGCACACGAAGAGACAACACACACGUUACCCUUGGUGCAGUCACAACUCUCCGGCACCUUGCUAGCCGAGGGUCAGGCAAAAGAGCGCCAAAAGGAAUUAACAGGUGCUGCGUGCACACACUCGCUGCACAACAGCAUAUACAAGUAAAACUAUACAAAACAUAAUUCUGACAAAAUAAAAGACAUACCUGCACACGAAGAGACAACACACACGUUACCCUUGGUGCAGUCACAGCUCUCCGGCACCUGCGCGAGCACAUGUACACUCACUCAACCACUGUCACAAGUACUUAGAAGUUACAACAGAUACCCCAGUCAGUGAGCUCUGUGAAACUUGUUAACAUGAAUUCCUACACUGUCCACGCUAUAACAAACGUAUGGUUGCAAAACAGUACAUUGUAUAACCUUAUGACGGUUUUAUAUUAAACAGUUUCGGAGCCAAGGACAACAUACCUUGCUAGCCGAGGGUCAGGCAAAAGAGAACGAUAAAGUGGUAUGGGGAUACAGAUAACCCGCGAUGGGCCAAACCAAAAUAUACAAAACUUUUACAAUCACUUGUAUGUACAAUAUUGGUAUGAAAAAGUGUUUGUACACCAAAUAAAAACAUAAGCUAUGCAGCUGUAAUUAAAUAAAAAAAUACACUAAAUUAUUAUUAUUAUUAUCAGAUUAUUAACAUCCCCUCUUGACCUGGCCUAUUUGAAUUGGUCCUUGUGUGCAAUUUGGUGCGUAAUCUAGGGGAACAACAUCACACUGCUACAGAUACAUCACAUUAUUGUAAUCCUUUUUUAAAUAUUUGAUUAGGGUCGUUGACGUCAACCGCCUGUAUUCAAUCUCGAGACAACUCCAAUAUGAAGUGUUUGUUUUUUUCAAAGUUGCCGGGAUGUCACGUGUCCUACUUAUAACAAUACACUCGUAACAACUUAAGUAUUGCAAAACUUCUAUUCGAUCAAAUAAACCUCGUGUUGCAAAUAAGCCAUUCAACGCCACCUGAUGUAGGGAGGCAGAUCUUCCGCCGAGUUGGACCUCUCUGUCUGUACUCGCCAAUUUCGAUUGUUUGUAAACUGGUUCGACCUGGAUGGCGCGCUUUGGUCACGUCCACAUUUUAUCCAACAGGUCACUGUUGUCUUCUAAUUGGAAUAUAAUCAGUGCCAAUCAUCGUUGGAGAAGUAGACCAACCCUUUUAUUCCACCUGUUGUUCCCC